GGGGGGGUCCGGGCUCCCGGGAACAGCGCGUCCCGCCGCAGAGGGGGGCUCCGAAGUGCGGGAAGAGCCGGUCCCGCCGCGGCCGGGGUGGGGGGGGGGUCCCGGGCCGCCCCGUCGCGGCCGCGCUGCCGGCGCCAUCGCAGGAGGAGGCGGCGGCGGCGGCGCGGGAUGGCGGCGGCGGCGGCAGCGGUGCUGCAGGCCGCGGCGCGCUGAGGGGGCCGCGCGGAGGCGCCGCCCGGGCCAUGGCGGAGCCGCUGCUGCGUCGCACCUUCUCGCGGCUGCGGGGCAGGGAGCGGCCGCGCGGGAAGAAGGCGGAGGGCGGCGAGCGAGCCCCCCCGCCGGCCAGCCCCACCGCGGCGCCCGAGCCGCCCCGCGAGCCGCCCCGGACCCCUUUCGCCCGCGGCGCCCGCGAGGAGCCCGGCGCCAGGAGGGAGGCCGAGGAGGAGGAGGAGGAGGAGGAGGAGGGUGACGGUGACGCCGAAGACGCGCCGCCCUCCGAGGAAGCGGCCGGUGGCCCCGGCAAGAGCGCCGGCGCCUACCUGCAGAGCCUGGAGCCUAGCAGCCGGCGCUGGGUGCUGGCGGGCGACGAGGCGGCGGCCGGCGAGAUCUGGUACAACCCCAUCCCCGAGGACGAGGACGAGCCACCGCGGCGGCGGGGGGACGCGGCGGUGCAGGAUGGCACCCACGAGCCCCCGCGGGUGCCCGCCGGCGGCCGAGCGGAGGAGCCGGGUGGCGGCGGGAGCCCCGUUUGCGGGAAGGUGCCGCUGCCCUGCGUGGGGCCGGGGCCCCCGUCGCCCCCCUGCAGCCCCGGCGCCUCCAAGAAGAGCCGCUCGCUGGGCAAGGCCAAGUCGCCGGGCACCGUGCGCCGCCUCUCGCUCAAGAUGAAGAAGCUGCCGGAGCUGCGGCGCAAGCUGAGCCUGCGCAGCCCCCGGCCCCGCGGCCCCGAGGCCGAAGGCUCCGGCCUCGCCUCGCCCGCCGGCAAGGAGUCCAGCAACGUCAUCAGCCGCUACCACCUGGACAGCAGCGUGGCCUCGCCGCCCCGCGCCAAGGCGGCCGCCAAGGGCGGCUACCUGAGCGACGGCGACUCCCCGGAGCGCCGGGCCGAGCCCGAGGAAGAGGAGGGCGGCCUGGACGCCGGCGCUUUCCAGCCCUACGGCGGCGAGGAGGAGGAGGAGGAGGCGGCGCGGCGCGGCGGGCAGCCCGUCUCGGGGCUGCUGAGCGUGCACCUGCGCGGCGCGCGGGACCUGCCGGCGGGCGCCCGCGAGGUGUUCUGCGUGCUGCAGGUGGACGGGGCCAAGCGGGGCCGCACGGCACCGCUGCCCUGCACCGCGCCCUUCCUCACCCUCAACCACACCUUCAACCUGGAGCUGGAGGGCGCGCAGCACCUUCGGGUGCUCCUCUUCUCCUGGGACCCGGCCGCCGGCCGCAACCGCCUCUGCUGCCACGGCACCGUGGGGCUGCCGCACGUUUUUGCGGGUGCCCAGGCGCAGCGGUUGGCCGUGCGCCUGCGGCCCGGCGGCGUCCUCUUCUGCAAGGUCACCUUGGCGGAGCGGCGGCCCGGCGGCGAGCGGGAGCCGCGGGUUUUCGGCGUGGAGCUGCGGCGGCUGGUGGAGCGGGAGCAGGCGGCCACCAAGGUGCCGCUGCUCAUGCAGAAGUGCCUGGCCGAGAUAGAGAAGCGGGGGCUCAAGGUGGUGGGUCUGUACCGGCUGUGCGGCUCGGCGGCCGUCAAGAAGGAGCUGCGCGACGCCUUCGAGCGGGACAGCGGCGCCGUGAUGCUCUCGGAGCGCCUCUACCCCGACAUCAACGUGGUGACGGGCAUCCUCAAGGAUUACCUGCGGGAGCUGCCCACGCCGCUCAUCACGCCCACGCUCUACCGCGUGGUGCUGGAGGCCAUGGGCGCCCGGGCGCCCGGGGUGCUGCCGGGCCGGCGGGACGCCGUCGCCCUGCUCGACUGCCUGCCUGACGCCGAGAAGGCCACGCUGACGCGCCUCCUGGACCACCUGAGCCUCGUGGCCUCCUUCCACGCCUUCAACCGCAUGAACCCGCAGAACAUCGCCGUGUGCUUCGGGCCCGUCCUGCUGGGCCGCGGCCACGAGCCGGCCUCGCCCCGCGCCCAGCACCCCGCCGGCGCCGUCGACUUCAAGAGGCACCUCGAGGUGCUGCACUACCUGCUGCGGGCCUGGCCGGCCCCCCAGCAGGAUCCGGCCCCCCAGCCCGGCUGCCCGUGUCCCCACCGUGGCUCGGCCGCGCCCGAGCGGCCCGUGGUGGCCCGCCACCGUCCCCGGGGCCCCGAGAGCCCCCCCAGCAACCGCUACGCCGGCGACUGGAGCAUCUGCGGCCAGGAGGUGCUGCCGACCGCCGCUGCCGCCGCCGCGACCGUCUUCGUGGCCGACUUGGAGGACGAGCCGCCCUUCGGCCCCCGGCUCAACCUCAAGGACUUCGACGCCCUCAUCCUCGACCUGGAGCGGGAGCUGGCCAAGCCCAUCAACGUGUGUCUGUGAGCCACGGCCACGGCCGAGCCCUUCGGACCAAAUCCGCGGCCUUUGCCCCCGUUCCGGCCGCGGCCCCGCGCGGGUGGCUUCACGUGGCCGAACUCUGCCGCCAAGUGCCUGUCCCCGUCCCGGGAGCUGUUAUUUAUUACUCGAGCUUUGCCGCCACGGUCCCACCCCGGCCGCCUCACGUGGCUGCCACCCCCGUCAGGGUGGCCCCGGGGCCCCGCCACCGUCACCAGCAAUAAAGGACACAAGCUGCGCUCA